AGUUAUCCUCUACCGAAGCGAACAGCUAAAUUAUGGCACCGAAAACCAGUGGAAAGGCCGCCAAGAAGUCCGGAAAGGCACAGAAAGUCAUCGUCAAGGGAGAGAAGAAGAAGAGGAGACAGCGCAGGAAAGAAAGCUAUGCCAUCUACAUCUACAAGGUGUUGAAGCAGGUCCACCCGGACACCGGAGUCUCGUCGAAGGCCAUGAGCAUCUUGAACAGCUUCGUCAAUGACAUCUUCGAACGUAUUGCUGCUGAGUCGUCCCGUCUGGCUCAAUACAACAAACGCUUGACGAUCACCUCCCGCGAAAUCCAAACUGCUGUCCGUCUGCUGCUGCCGGGUGAGUUGGCCAAGCACGCUGUUUCUGAAGGAACCAAGGCCGUCACCAAGUACACUAGCUCCAAGUAAAUUCGUACCAUCCAAACAAUCAAUCAGCCCUUUUCAGGGCCACAAAUCGAUUUCCAACGUGAAAGAGAUUUUGAUGAUUUAUUGAACUUUUAAAUGUUCGAAAGCAGCGUUAGCAAAGUUCGCGAUAAGAAAUUAGUUGAUUUGCCUUAUGAAAAUAAUGUUGACAAAAAGAAUAAGAGGUUGCAUCCAUGACACGACCGUACGGUUUUGACGUAGAUGGAACAUGAAUUAAUUGUAACACGCUUGGCAUAGAUGACGAACAGACCGACCAGAUAGGCCUCGCUGAAUUCCUGUAGGGCCAUUAACGGCCGAGCUCUGGAAGCGCAGAUCGGUCUUGAAGUCCUGGGCGAUUUCACGGACCAGACGCUUGAAAGGCAACUUGCAGUCAGCAGCUCGGUCGAUUUCUGGUAACGACGGAUCUCACGCAGAGCGACAGUUCCUGGCCGGUAGCGAUGAGACUUCUUCACUCCUCCAUCUUUUUGAGAGGAGCCUUUCCUCCGGUGGACUUACGAGCGGUCUGCUUGGUGCGGCCAUUAUACGAUGUGGAUACGUUGAACGCAAUCUGUUGAAUAAAAAUUUUAA